AAGUCUUGGAAUAUAGUUAAUUGUUGGAAGCAAAUCUGACUACCAUUCGCGAAUUCGAUCUGUUAUUUGAAUUUCAAAAAAUGGAAGGUUUGAAGGAGGCAAGCUGGCGGCUGGCGAUGUCCGUGAGCGUGAUGGCGGUAUUUGCGAUUCUCGCGGCGGUCUACUCGAAAAAUUGGUGCGACGCGUUCGCCAUGCCUGCCACGAUCGAAUGGGACCUGCCCGGCAUCAAGGAGCAAAUGGAGGAAAAAGUGCACGGCCAGCGGAGCACCACCACGCAACUAAUCAACUCGCUGCAGUGGACCUUGAAGGAUGGCGCCAGCUCUAAUCAGGAAGACACACCCCAGCUCAAGGCCAUCUUCCUGCUCGGGGGACCAGGCGUCGGAAAAACAAAGACAAUGAAAAUCGUGAGCAGCCACGUGCAGUGCCGCUACAAAGGGCUCUUCAGCAUUCUGCCGUGCAACGUGCACAAGAAGACGAUCGCCCCCAUCGACGGCCACUCGCACCAGGUCUUCUCUGACAACAGCAAGACCACCAGGUACACCGGCGUCCACUUCAACGCCAUCGAGGUCGACCUCACGGACUUCAACAGCAGUCACGCGCAAGGAUUCGCCAGUCUUGAGCACGAGAUCUCUAAAAAGGGGAGGAACAGGAGAAUAGUCCUGGUCACGGGCAAGAUCAUGAGCCUGGAGCAGCUCGAGAGGCUCAGGACUGCAAGGGAAUAUGAUAAUUUCGUCGGAGAGAAGGCAAAGGAAAUUGGACUGUUGAUGAAGGAAUAUGCACCUAGAGUCGAUAUGGAAAUUGUCAAAUUCAAGUCACUGAGGCCAAGCCACGCUUUCCUGUGUCUCAUGAGGGAAAAGGGAGUGGAGUACGCGUUCAACGCCACGCGCAACGACUUGCCGAAAGAUGAUUACUACCCCAAGGGCUGCUACGUAGGCUAGGCACCCUGGAGACCUAGCCCUCGACAUUUUUGUACAUAUACAGCAUCAUUUAACAUAAUCUU